AUGGCCAGCAAAAACAGUAUCAAAUUUGAUAUAACAGAGAUCUGUGCUGGGUGCAAGAAAAGCUCCACUUCUCUAUCUCAACCGCUGAAGUGCUGCGCUCGAUGCAAAGAAACAUUAUACUGCUCACGUGAAUGCCAAACGGCAGACUGGAAAACUCAUAAGAAAUCCUGCAAUAAGGCACCUCGUCCUUCUCUAUCUGGCAAUAUGAUUGACUCGGAAAGAAGUGGACUCGACGAUUUUACUUACUAUAACACUGUUGCCCACACCAUUCCAGGAGCGCGGGAACUGGCUAAGACGUUGAAUAUCUCUCUUCCGACAGGAGACAAUUGCAGAGAGGGCAUGGCGUAG